AUGGCGAACUGUACUAGUUUAGCAAGUAAUUCCAAUACUCAACAACCGCUGUUUAUUGCGAAAAUUUCAGAUACAAAAAUAUUCGGAAAACUCUUGAAAGCCAUUGUAACUAAGAAUAAAGAUGCGCACCUGUUUAUUAAUGGAGAGGAACUAAGAAUUCAAAUUUCGUCUUUAAACUUUUUUCACAAAAUUGCCAUCAUAAAAAGACAGCAAUUUUUGCAUUACGAAUUUCGGUUCAAUCGAGAAAUUCAUCUUCCAUUAUUCGGAGAAGCAUUUUUAGAAUCCUUAACAAUGUUUCACUCGGGCCGAUUUUCUUGUUUAAAUGAUGAUCAAAAAAUAACUUGGAUCCUUGAGAUCCGAUCAUUAUAUUCCCCACUUAUUGUGACUAUUGAUCAAUCUAAUAUUAAGACAACAUGGACACUUGAACGACUUGAAUCUGCAAAACCAGAAAAUCCUCGCCUUGAUGAAAAUCUUGUAAUAAAAUUUGCGGUGGCGGGAUCUAAUUUCAAAAAGUACUUUAAAGACAUUAAUCUAUUCGGUCGUACGUUUACUCUUGAACAUAGAUCUCAAGAUAGAGGGUCAUUUGCUCGGAUUAAAACAUCCGACGUCGCAAUUGCUCAUGAUUCCGCGGUAUACCAUAAGAUUUAUGUACCAAAUUUUAGUUUUAAUUAUAAUAAUAGGUUCCUUGCCAAAGAGUUUGUAAGAACUGCUGCAGAUACCGCAAGUGUAGAUAUCGAAAUAGAUAUUCAUGGUGUCUUACAUAUCAAUAUUGAUCGUAUCCCUGGAUUUGUUGGUAAAAGUGGAGGAUUUAAAUUGGAUUGUUGGCUUGUUGCAAAUGAUGAAUAA